UAGUGGUGAAGUGCGGUGAACCCGACUGAAUUCCAUUCAGUUUUCGGUCCGGCAUUGUUUGUUUUUGUUGUCGCAUGAGUGAGUGAUUGUACUGGAAUGUUCAUCGGAUGAAACCCAUACAGCCAUCUCAUUUAUUCGGGUGGUUAGUUGGGUGGAAAAACAUCACGUGAAUCGGUAGUAAAAGCCAGAAUUUUCCCGCGAGAGAGAGACGAACUGGUGCGUCUCUUUCCAGGGAACUGGAGAUGACGACACACGGCGGAGGUUAGAGCUCGCACGGUUCGUCGUUCGUUCGUCAGUCGAGAUGCAGAUUUGGCCGUGUUCGGUUCGGUGUGGUACGUUUAACGGUUGGACGUCAUCGUCUUCGGCGGUUCGUUUGGGCUCCCGUUUGCCCGGGGUUUUUUGGGAAUUGCCCUGACUGUGUGUGAUCCCGGGUGGUUUUCCGGUUGAAGAGGGAUACGUGAGGAGUGAUGAAAUGAAGAAAUCGCCGCCUGGUGGCUGGUUGCAUAAACGAUGGAGACGCAUGAUGGAUUGAGAGCUCCGACAGCUCAGGAAUGCGAGAUAAACUCGGUUACUAGGAAACUGGAGCUGCUGGCCUACUAAUGUUGGGAAAAAUCCCCUUCUACCGCUGUUCGGAUUGAUGAGUUAGCAUCAGGAGAGAGCUGGACACACGGGAGCGAGUAUAGUGCACUUCGGUUGGUUGUGCAAGAGAGAGAACGAGCGCAUCUAUCCUGGAGUAGAGUAGUAAAGGAUCGUGACGUGAUUUUCUGGAAUUUGGCGUGUGAUGAUGGUCCAGUCGUCAAAAGGAUGCUGUGGAUGUGAUUCCCCGAGAAUAAUUGGAUGAAAGUGAACAAGGAAAAUCUGAAUUUCGACCUGGUGUUUCGGUGUUUCGCACGAAGCCAAGCACGUGAGCAGUUUUCUGAAGCUGGGUACAGGUUCUGCAGUGAAAUAUUGUUCAGUGAAGGAUAAUUUGGUGAACCGUAUUGGAUACACGCGAGUGUUGUGAAGUAGAUAAAUAUACGCCAGCUGCUUUUCCUAAACAAAACGGAGAAGUUGUAUAGUGUCGGAAGCAAUGGAAGUGUUAGAACAUCGACAGUAAAUCAGUGCGACUCCAGAGAACAUAAACUGCGAAGCCGAUUGUCGAAGAUCCGUCGCACCACCAUUCCAGACGAAGGAAGUUUUUCGCAGUAAAAUUCCGAUAAAGCCAGAUCCAAAUCAUUGAAAGCAAAACGUGUUCUCCAUUGCAAAUUUUUAGAUGAUAUAAAAAAAGUUUAACAUAGUGUUCAAGUCAAGGUAGCUACCGCAUCCGUCGCCGCGCGUUCAGUGUUAAUCGAAGCAUAAAAUAGUUUAUCUCCCAAUCUCUUUGAGAUCUUUGAUAGCAGGUAGCGUCCCUCGUUGAUACCGUAGUUGUUUCUCGAGUUUCGAUUAGAUCGCCCACCCCCGUGUUUAGAAUAGUAGAAUUGUUACAACAAUCUCGUUAAAUUCACUGCCCAUGAUUCGACGACGAUCGUGAAAUUUUAAGUAGGGGAAGAAAAUUUUCAAUCAACUUAGAAGAGUGUUCAUUCAUCAAGGAAGCAGCAGCCGGAAACAGGAGCCGGAGAGUCAUUUUACGUGGAUUUUGGAGCGCAUCAAAUCAGCAUAAACGAUGAGCGAUAAUCAACAUCCAGUUAAGCAAGAUUCAUCCACAGACCAAUCCGAACCCGAUCCAUACAUAACGAUGUCGCCCGGAAACGGUACCAGUAUCUGUCGAGCAACAACCGCGACAACUACAACGUUAGCGGCGGCCACUUUCCGGAAGCGCUCGCGGCGUACAACCAGCUUCCAUCGACAUCGCCAUAAAAGGCUGCUGCACUGGGACACCGACGACGACGAUGCCGACGACACAACGGUAACUCAAACCGACACAAUGAACAACGCCGGCGACGACAGUAGUAGUGGCACGGAGAGCGCUACAAUCCGUCUACAGCACUGCCCACCACUGCCAUCCGCACCGGAGAACAAUCUCGCGGAUGUGACGACUAGAACUAGUACUAAGCAACACAACCACCCACGCAUUCCAAUCGCGAUAAGCACUGCCACCGUUGCUGGUCGCCGUCGGUGCCACCCGCAGAGUCCCAGUGGGAAACGUUCCGGAAGAGGUCGGUGGUCCAUCGGCGUUCACCACUUAGCGCCAGCCAGCUGCAGCCGAACCAGUUGGACCAGCCGCAGCUGGCGAUGGAAUUUCGUUCCAGUUUCCACCCUGCUGUUGGUGGGACCACUGUUGCUACUGUCCUGUCUGCUGUCGCCGGUCGUGGCAGCGAAAUCGGGUCAGCAGAUCGUCGUUAGUUCUGUAGCUGCCGCGGACGCCUCCGUUAUGGGAGAUGGCCCGGUGGCGGCAGCACAGAAGCAAUCGCGCCGUCAAUGUGCCAUGUCGGAACAUUCCUGCAACAAUGGACGGUGCGUUCCGCUGAACAAGUACUGCAACAACGUGAACGACUGCGGAGACGGUAGCGACGAGCCACGGUUUUGUACAAGAUGCAAUCGGACCUACUAUGGAAAUAUUGGACUGACGUACGAUCUGGAGCUGCACCGGCCCAAGGAGGAUCGCAUACCAUAUGUGUGUAUUCUGACAUUUACGGCCGCUGGUGGAAACAAUGGUGACAUUGUUCAAAUCACCCUGGACAGCUUCACCCUGGGCAAGUUCGUAUCGUACACGGAGAACGGUUGCCCCGAUGGAUACCUGCAGGUGGCGGAAGCUUCCCGGACGCCCGUCGGCGGAAUGUGGUGCGGCACGACCUGGGGACCGGCGACGUUCUUCAGUGAAACCCGGUCGCUCGUAAUGACCGUUAAAUUGCUCAAACUCUCCCGCGACCAAAGUGGCUACAAUUUCGACUUUCGGAUAAAGUACAAAAUGCUCUCGCGUGACAGUGCCGUCGUCCGGUACGGAGGCAUCAAGAACGAACCCAUCGCACCGUGGACCAACGUCAGCUACAUUCCCAAUUAUCCGAUAAUUGACGAUUUCACCAACUCGACAGCCCACUCGGAGAAGCAGUUCAGUGGCCAGCAACGCAGCAGCAUCAGCAGUGGUUCUAUGGAGCUAUCCUUCGACAACUCAACCGGAAGGGCCUAUUCGGGCUCGUUCGGAUCCGGUGGCUUCAGUGGCACCAGUGGUGGCUUCUUUCAGAGCCAAAACCGAGAACGACCGUAUUCAAUUAGGAACCUUACUUCACUGGCAUUCCAGCCUGGUGGAGGUGGUUUUGGUGGUGGUGGUGGCGGUGCCCAAAUGGAGAACUACACCGAGCCCAAGUACUAUCUAGGUGACCUAAUGCCCGGGACUUACUGCUCCAGGAUUUUCACCAACUGUGAUAAGAAGGCUUGCCGGCUACAGUCGCCCAAUUUUCCCGGCGUUUAUCCACGGAAUCUGACCUGCUACUUUGCGGUGCGACAGCACGACGUCCCACCGGGCAAGCACGCCUUCAUCGUGAUCAGCCAACCCAAGGGCAACCUGGUGUGGAUCUCGACGGAAGCCUCCACUGCGACCAUUGCCAGCGCCACCAGCGACAAGGACAAGAAGUACCGACCCCGGCUGCACACCUGGAGCGAAUGCGACAGCGUACAGGACAGUACCAAUCCAAAGUGGAAAUCCACGGACUACAUCACCGUGUACGAUGGCUACACCACUCGAGAUCCUGUCAUCCUGAAGCUGUGCGGCGGUGGCGAAUCCAUCCCGGCAGCAGUAUCCAGUGGCCCGGAACUUCUCGUAGAGUUCACCACCUCACCGUUCGGCACGUUCAGCAAUCCGAAAACCAGUUCCCACUCGCUGCACGGUUUUCAACUGGAGGUCUCGGUGAAAUUCGUCGACCUCCAGAGUCCCACCUACGCCAAGAGCAAACGCAUCUGCGAAUUCUGGCUGCGAGGUACCGGUCACGGGGUCCUGCAGAAUCCCCAGCACUCGUUAGCCCCGAACACCACCUGUCUCUAUCACUUGCAAGGUACAGAAGCUCUUUCACUGGACGCGAUCAACAUCCCGAGGAGAUCCGGAGCGUUGUCGACGUCACCGACACGCUUCAAGGUGUGGAUUUCGAUCAUGAAGUUCGAGUUGGCACCGGAGUUUGGGGCGACCGAAGAGCAGCUGAUUCAGUAUCAGACCAAGCAGGACUGCACCGGGAUGCUACGGAUCUGGGACGGACCUUUGCGGGAGGUUCCGAUCUGUAAGGACAUCGAUUGUCUGGCCAUGGACAAGGACGGCCAUCUACGGCCGACGAUUCGCUUCGGACAGAACAGUACCAACGUCAUAGCUCGGUACUGCGGCGGAACGGUUCAACGAUCGUGCGAUCACGGGAUGCUGAAUGUGUCCAAUGCGCGACCCUGUACUCUGGCCGAAAGUUUCGUGUCGAGCAGUGACUUUGUGACGCUGGAAUUGAGGACAACGGAGUCGACGGUUCUACGGCCACUACAGUUCGCACUGAAGUACGAGUUCGUGGACUUCAUGCAGGACGGUAUGCCGAUCAGCGGAGAGAACGACUGCAACCGGCGGUUCGUCAGUAGCCAGAUAGAGAAGAAGGGACCACAUCCGGUGCGAAGUGUCCGGAAUAUCUUCUUGUUCGGCAGGGGUGGAGCGAAGCAUUUGCAUUGCGUCUACCGGUUCGAGGCACAGCGUGGAGAGCGGAUACGAGUGGAAAUCAGCAGAGCAAUGACAGGGAAUCGCACAUGCGACUCGCGAGUUGAUCCGGACACUGGGCGUUCGUACUGCUUCGGAAAUAACAGCGCGCGGAUAGAAAUCUUCGAAAGGCCUUGGCACGAAUCGAUAGUGUUCCCGCGUGGAUGCAUCUGUAAUUCUACAAACAGAUCGUACCUUCCCAUUGUGUUCACAUCGACCGGGCGUGAAGUGGAGAUCCACUUCCGGGCCGGGAACAUGACCAGCGUUGAUGAUCCGGACUCACUGAACUUCGAGGGGUCGUUCGAGUUCGUCAAGGCACCGCUCAUGUGCAAAGACGUUCGGAGGAAAAACGCUGUCACCGGAGUUGUGAAUCUAUCUAGCGGAGAGAUGGAGUGUCGAACCCGUCCCUGGUUGAUAGAACCUUCACACGAUAAGUUCAUCUACUUCCGUAUGCGAGGGCUAUUUCUACGCAAAAACGAUCCAGCGGCGCCGUUUAAAUACAACGCUAGCCUCAGCACGGUAACUCCCAUCCGGUGUUACACCAAGUCGCGUGUAAUCAUCUCCAACAGCGAGGGCGUUUCACUGACGGCGUGUCCACUUCCGGACGAUACACCCCACCGCCACAUGGUAGAAGUCUUCAGCGCCGGCUGGACGCACCUACAUCCGCACUUUGGAAUUGAACCAUCGAAGGCGAUCUCCAUAGAGUUCCUGCACCCGGACGAUCAAACGUAUUCGUUCACCUGGCUCGAGAUAUCCAAGCGGGGUUCCCUGAGCUAUUCGAUGACACGAGAGGAAUGUCCGUUUACGUGUCCCGGUCUGGAUGCUUGCGUCAAUGGGUCCAUCUUCUGCGACGGAAUUGAACAAUGUCCCUCCGGUGAGGACGAAUCGUUUACCCACUGUUCGGCACUGCUUCGACUGCCAGCCGAAGUUCUGGCCGGCUUCAGCGUACUGCUGCUGUUGCUGUGCUGUGGCCUGGCUGCUUACGUUUACCGGAAAAUCAAACGCCGCUGUAGAAGACCGUCUGUGCUUCAAACCAGACUCAAAUCGCUCAGCUCGAUGGAUACGGCCGUUUUCGACGAAAAAGAAGUGAUUUGCUGACAAAGCGACAAUUCUGUACGAUACGUGGAGAUUGACCGUGUAACCACGGUCUGACCACGCACCGUACAGAAUUGUCUUCCAGUAUUAUUAGGUCAGCAGAAUGCUACCACCCACAUCACUACCAUGACCAGCAUCAUCAUCAUCAUCAUGACCGUCAACAUCUCCAAACUACUCAACAACUGAGAGGUAAGUCUCAGCGGACAGCGGAUAUUCUGCAGUUGAACUGCAAUCCAGCAGACACGAUAAGGAGCGUUCGAAGGCACAGAUUUUAAUCAAAAGCUGUUGAGCAGCCACUUGGCAGCUCUGAGAGUGACCGCGAAUAGGAUUAGUAAGGCGAGGUAACCAGAUGAGACUAAACUGUCAUUUUUGUACUACGUUUUAGUAUUACUCUUAACAAACUUUAGAAUGAGACUUAAAGCCGACAAGUUUGAGCUAGGAAUCGAUACCGCGUUAGUGAAGCGUUUUAGAAGGCGCAACUGGACGAUAAUUCAGACUUUCCAAUUACCUAAAUCUAACCUAACCUAGUCAAACUCCAACUAUAGUAGGAUCAAGCUAAAACUGAAGAAACUGAAGUUUUCGGGGAAUGAAAUUUUAUGAUAGAGCAGAACAAAAAAAAAGCUUUCCGAUACAAAGUUGCAUGCAAGCGAAGAAGAGCUUUCAAGUCUACCAUAACCAAAAGAAACCAUUCAUAUUCUGAUUGUAGCGACGACGCAGGACGGGCGCGAAAGCAGUUGAAAGUUGACCUCAUUUCUCGAGGUCCCUAUUACCGGAACUCACAAUCUCACUAAACACUCCCCCAAACUCGGACGGUGAAGUGACAAACUUGUUAAAUAUUAAAAUACAAAAGAAAAUUAAAAUAUUACCUAAAUCAAAAUGAAUGUGUAAAAGGUUGAUUAAGCAAAGUUUUUUAAACCAAUUAAAAAAAAUAAAGUAUUUACUUAAACCAAGACAAAGUAUAUUCAUCAAAAGCAGCAAACACAAGCAAAACCGUUAGUGAAUUUUAAAAACUACUAAAACUCUGCAUUGAAUUAAACUUGACAGAACAUGGACAAGAAACCAAACUUAGGAAGUUCAGGAUUGUUGAAUUGUUAGUUAUAUCGGUUUUAUAAUAAACGGACCAAUAUUUAGAACAAAAAGAUACGGAACGCAAGAAAAGAAAACCAAAAACAGCGGUUUAGGGCGCGAUAGCAGAGCAGAACUUUGAAGAAAGGACAUGUAAAUAAUAAAUUUUUGAAUACAUACUGAAACAUAGAUCUAAUCUAGACACCGAAGCCAAUUUUUACCGUGGUUAGAUGAGUUACUUAAAACAGUUAGAACUACUGAACAAACAAAAAAAAAAAGAAAUACGAGUGAGUUUAAACUAUUUUCGUACCACUUUUGUAUGAACUGAUUUAUACAAUUACAGAUAUUUGUUAUUUCAAAUUCCAUGUUCUGUUUUCCAUUGCGAGGAACAUGUGUUUCUGUAAUGUUGUUUACGAAAGAAGCUAAGCAUCAUUAGAUAUUAAACUGCCAGUUGAAAUUUCAAUCAGAAAAGAGUAAAUGCGAUUGGGAUGUCAUGUUCGAUUUACUUCAUCUUAUUCAAUUAAUCGGACUCACUCACUAUUUCCUCAUUUCCUUUCCUCGACGACCUUUGAGGCGCGUCUUUCUUUUCAAUGUUUUGAUGAUCUUCGAGGCGUGCCUUUUUUCCGAUUUUUCGACGGCCUUCGAGGCGCGUCCCUCUUUUUCUUUCCUCAACAUCCUUCGAGGCGCGUCUUACUUUUCAAUUUCUCGAGGGCCUUAGAGGCGCGUCCCUCUUUUUCUUUCCACGACGGACUUCGAGGCGUCGAACUUUCCAAUUCCUCGACGUCCUUCGAGGCGCGUCAUUCUUUCCAAUUCCUCGACGUCCUUCGAAGCGCAUCUUUCUUUUCAAUUUCUCGAGGGCCUUCGAGGCAAGUCGUUCUUUCCAAUUUCUCGAUGGCCUUCGAGGCGCGUUCCUGUUUUCCUGCCCUCGACGGCCCUCGAGAUGCGUCCAUCUUUUCCUUUGC